AUGGAGGAGGACGAGGACACGUACGGCUUCGGGUCCUUCUCGGAGCUGUUCGACGCGGGGGCGUCGCAGGCCACGAAGCGGCUGGACCUGGGCGCGCUGAGCCGCUUCUGCAUGUCGGAGCGGCUGCUGUCUCGCUUCCAGCAGCAGCAGCGGCGGAGGGACAGGCGCGGCGCCAUACGACGCAGUCGGACUCGGACGCGCUGGAGCGGCGCAAGAAGGAGCUGCAGGACAUCACCAACCACGCGCCGCCGGAGACCGAGACCAAGUCGGCGGCGGCGCUCUUCGUGGCGGUGA